GGCCAGUUGUAAUGCCAAAGUUGGCUAUGCAACUUGUAAACCAGUGCCCAACUGUCAGAAAAGAAGAGGGGGAAAAGCCCACAUGCCCACGUUGACCCAUGAAUGAUAGAAUAAGGUGGUUCCUUCCCUGUUGGGUUGGGCACAUCGGCCCAAAUCCCCCCAACUCCUCACUCCCUUGACCCUUCCCCCAAUUGGUUCAUCUUUUUCAUUGACGGCCCUUCAGAUACUAAAACUUAACAAAAAUGAAACAUAAGGGUAAGAGCAACAACAUAAAAUCCCAAAACCAGCAGGCACAGCACAGCACAGGGCUACCACAAUUUGUCUCAUUGUUAGUAUUGUUAUUAUAUAAUAAUUAUUAGUAAUUCAAGAAGAACUACCACUUUGGAUCAAGACACAAAGAGGGAGAUUAGAAUAAUAUAUAGUCUACUCUUCUUCUUGGGUGGUGGUAUCUAUUAUCUUUCUCUCUCUCUUUGUGGAAGAUGAAAGGCCCAAAGCAAAGCAACAGAUUAGAAAUGCAAGUGGUGUGGGGAAUUAGAACACUGGAAUUUGGGAAAAGGGGGAUUCCUGAACCAGAAGAAGAGAAUUUUCAAUUUUGAGGGCAGAGGAAGAAGAAAACCACCUUCUUAAUCCCUCUACUAAUCCUAAAACUAUACUAGUAUACUCACUGCUAAUGUUCUUCCUUUCCUUCACACACAUAUUCCUUGAGUCAACUCCACGCCUCCUUUCCGCUCUUUUCCCUUCAUUAUUAUCUUCUUUUUUUUCUUUUUCUUUUUAAUCCCUCCCCUUAAUUACACUUUCUCACAUUUCUUUUCCUCUGGCUACCUUCCUUUUCCCUUCCUCCCUCCCAUGGAGAAGCAGAGACCUGGGUUGCUCUUCAUCUUCGCCGUCGUCAUCUCCCUAGCCGUUCUCUCCUUCGUCUCCUGCGUCAUCGCCGAGAUCAAGAAAAUCAAGAAGAAGGAUGUGAAAUUGCAGGAUGAUAUGUGCUAUCUGCCAGAGAGCCAUGCGUUUGGCUUCGGAAUCGCGGCAAUCGCAUCCCUAGUUAUCGCCCACGCAUUGACCAACUUGUUCAUUUGCGGCAACUUCUUGUCCUCUUUCUGCUCUUCUGCCAGAAAGAAGCCGGUCACCCCUCCUCUGCCUCCUUCCGCUUCUAUUUCUUCUUCAACUUCGUCUUCUUCCUCUGCCUCCAAGAAACCCUCCAUCCCCGCCCUCCUCCUCCUGCUCUUCUCCUGGGCGAGUUUUGGGCUAGCGGUGGUGCUAUUAGGGGGAGCAACGAGCAUGAGCGCAACGCAGCCGUUUGGGAAAGGGUGGCUCGACGGAAAGUGCUACGUCGUGAAAGACGGCAUCUACGCCGGCUCAGGGGUUCUGACGCUGGUUUCAACCGCCGCCGUCCUUGGCUCCGCCGUCGUCACCUUCAGAAAAGCCCAGGCUGAGCAGGGUCGCAGAGUACAUGCCCAAGCUGUCGUCGGCUCGUAAAUCUUUCUUUUUCUAUUUUUUUUUUGUCGGAAAGCAAAAUUACAGGCUAGAUACAAAGUGAGAAAUAGAAAAACAAACUUAUACACAGGUAGAAAGUUACAAAGAUGAAUGAGAAGGAACUGGAAAAAAAUGCUGCAACUUUCGGUGUCACGAUCACAGUUGAUCUUUCCUUCUUCAAGAGAGGGGAAAGGUUAAUUUGUUCUUCCCUACCUGUGGCUGUGGGUCAUACUCAUCCACUCACCACCCUUUUCUCCGCUGAAUUAGAUAGAACAGCAGAGAGGGAAUGGGUUGAGCCUAACAUUGUUUAUUCCAAGUUUGGUGAGAUGGAUAAGGAGACAAGUAAGGGGUGUUGUGAUGGGAGCAAACAAGAAACAGCCAAUCUUUAA